AAUCCCAAGUAGCUUUUCACAACUUUCCUUAUCCCCACUUACAUUCGUUUCUUUGAACAAAGACAAAAAAGAAACCCUAGCUCCCAAAUCCCAGCCAACUACUCUCUCAUCCUCUCUGGCGUAGAAAAUUAAAGCCUUCCCAUACAAAAAUCCAUUCUCUCUUCCUCUCUAUCUCAGGAAAUUGAAGCCUUCCCAGUAGUAACCCUUGGAGAAUGUAGAAGGAAGCUGUUGUUGACGGUUCAUGCGGACACCGCCAGGAAAUUGAAGCCCUCCCAUACCAAAAAUCACCCUCUUAUCUGCUGCUGGACACUCUUCACCAUCUUCUUCUUCAUCCAGAUUUGUAGUAAAGCAUCGGACUCUAGUGGUGGGCGUGGGCGGGGGUCAGACACCGGUGGUGGGCGUGGGCGGGGUUCGGACACCGGUGGUGGGCGUGGGCGGGGUUCGGACACCGGUGGUGGGCGGGGUUCGGACACCGGUGGUGGGCGUGGUCGUGGGCCGGACUCCGGUGGGGGGCGUGGUCGGGCGCCGGACUUUGGUGGUGGGCGUGGUCGGGCGCCGGACUAUGGUGGUGGGCGUGGUCGGGCGCCGGACUCCGGUGGUGGGCGUGGGCGAGCGCAGGACUCCGGUGGUGGGCGUGGAAAGGCAUUAGUAUCUAGUCGUGGUCAUAUCUCAGAGUUGAGUCCAAGUAUUAGUAGGACGUUAGGUUAUGGAUACGCUGGGAGUAGCAGUCGUGCUGGUGAUGCUGAUCCCAUGGCUGACAUGCAGGGGGCAUUACGACGUCAAAAGAGGGUGCUUCGAUGUCAACAUGAGGAGGACAUCUCGCAAGAGGAUGAGCAGGGGUUUAACCCGUUUAGAGAUCAUGCCGACUCCGAUGAUGAUGCUGAUUAUCAUGAUGACACAAAUGCGACUCAACUAGCCUCUAAUGCUGAAAAUACGCCUCAUGCAACCGCGACUCAUGAUCACACUCAGAGGCCUUAUAUCUAUCGGGUCGGGAGGAAGUUUGCGAAUGGUAAAGUUCAUAGGGCAAUUAGAACUUUAUUCAACGAGUGUUUUGAUGGAGCUUGGGCAACGUAUAGAGAUGUCCCUAAGGAACUACUGGACCGCAUGUUUGAUCGAUUUAGGACACGUUAUAACUGGGAUCAAGCAAAUGAUGAAGCCAUUAGAGAAGGAUUUGAGAACGUGUUAAAGGACCGUUUCGCAGAUAUAAUGUCAGAUUAUCGAACUGAAUCAGCAAAGAAAGCUAGGGUGGCUGGGUUUGAUUUCCCAGAUGAUAGGCUUGAUUUUGAAGCAAUGAGUAAGUUUCCUCCCCGCUUCGUGCAUAGUGACAUAUGGGAAGAGUUGUGCAUGGGCUGGAACACAGAGGCAUGGAAAAAGAAGUCUGUGAAAGGGAGAAAUAAUCGUAAGAAAGUUGAUAAUGAUGAUGUGAUAUCCCGACAUACAGGGGGGUCUAGGGGAUAUGAUGAGCAUCGCAUCAUCUUGGAACGGGCAUUGGGCCGGCCACCCACAUUUAGGGAACUCUUCCUUGCAACCCACCUUACCAAAGAGUCCAAGAAAAUUUUUUGGGACGGAUUGUAUGAUGAAAGCUUGGACGGGGCGGAGUUUUGUACUGCUCGAUCUAGAAAAGCAUAUGAAGCAUAUGAGAGAUCCAUGCUCGAGAAGUAUGGGGAAGACGUCACGCUACAUCCGGUCGGUGAUGCUGACUUGUGGGAACGUGCGCAGGGAAGGAGAGGAUUUGGGAUAGGAUCUUCGGAUCCUCAUUUCAUCGUUAACGGCACACCAUCUUCAUCGUCGGGGUCGGCGUCGUAUGCGGAAUACCAGCGCUCACAAGAGCAGGUGAAAAACUUGCAAGCUCAAGUGGAUAUGUUGCAAAACCGUGUUGAAGAGGCUCAACAACAAGUGAGAGAAGAAAUGAAGGAAGAAGUGCAACGACAAAUAACCGAGCUACUAAAAAAAUUUGGUAAUCCAGGCAAUCCGUUGUAGUCUAGUUUAAGUUUAUCAUCUUUUGUGGUUGAACUUGUAGUUUUAUAACCGUGUCGUAUUUUUGUGGGAAACUUGUAAUUUGACAACGGUAUCAUAUUUUGUGGGUAAGCUCGUAAUUUGAUAACAGUGUUGUAUUUUGUAUUGAAACUUUUGAACGGGACGUGAUAAUCAUAUCUUAGUUUGUAGAUUUUUGUUUUAAA